AUGGCGGAUACGACUGCUCGCUCUCGUUUGGACUACCUCUGGGCAGGGGCAGUUGCGGAGAACGACUGGGCGUUCCAGUGUUCAAAGUCGAAAUCGGUGCAGGCAUUCGUCGAUGCGGCUCUCGCCUUCGCGAAGCCAUACACCCUCCCUUCCCCCUACAAGGUUGGAGUCGACUCGAAAACGGCAAAGAAGACUGGCGCCUAUCUUGCCGGCCUCCUCCAAAAAGCCAUCUGCAAGGUGGGGGACAAGGCCGUCGUCCAAGUUGUCAUGGACAACGCGGCCAAUAACCGGAGGGCGGCCGACAUUUUGCGCGAGGGAUACCCAUCAAUCUUCUUCAACAACUGUGCCGCGCAUGUUCUUGACCUCAUGCUUCACGACCUCGGGAAGAUUCGUGCGGUGAAACGGGUCCUAAUUCAGGUGCGCCGAGUGGUCAUGAUGGUGAAGGGAAGCGCAUCCGCCGUCACUCUCUUCCAUGAGGUGUUUAGCGAGCUUGCUUUGGUGCGGCCUGGUGCAACUCGGUUUGGCACGAACGUCAUCAUGCUCACCCGAUUCCUUGAAGUGAAGAAGGCGCUGCGACAGAUGGUCAUUAGUGAGGAGUGGGAGGGGGUGGCGGUGGCAAAGCAGGACGAGGGGAAGGCGGUCCGGUUCCUCCUCUUGGAUGAGGUUUUCUGGGAUUGCGCAACGGCGGUGCUUGCCAUCUUGCAGCCCGUGUAUGUCGUCCUUCGGGUCGUCGACACGCGGGCUCUAGUCAUGGGGCAAGUGUAUGGCCUCAUGCUAGAGGCCACGGUGAAGACCAAUGAGGCGGCCAAAGCUGGAGCCGCCAUGCUUGUCAAGCGCACGUCCCUGCUUGCGGCAAAGGAUAAGCCAUCGUUCUUGGCGGCCAUCAAGGCUAUCAUAGCCAAGAGGUGGGACGGCCAGUUGCAUAACCCACUCCAUGCGCUCGGGUGGCUACUCAACCCGCGCAAUCAGUACUUGGGGGAAGUGAGGGAGGACCAAGAGGUGAUCAAUGGGGCGGAAGAGGUCAUACAAGCACGUGGCGGGGAUGUCGCUCAGCGCACUCUCAUCCAAGCACAGUUAGCACAGUUCCACAAGGGCGAGGGGCGGUUGGGGUCCCCCGACGCACGAUGGGCUGCAAAGGUUUUGGUGGAGGGAGGGCGCUUGACCGAUGCGGAAUGGUGGUGGAUGUACGGGGGGGAGGUGCAGGCGCUCCAAGCGCUUGCGGUGAUGACGCUAUCUCAGCCGGUAACGUCAUCCGAGGUGGAGCGUUACUGGUCAGCCAUUGCACGUGUGCAAAGGCGUGACCGUAACCGCAUCUCUGCCAAGAAGAUGAUGGACGUGACUUAUGUCGCGUUCACGAGGAGGGCCCGGGAUACUUUUGACAGGAAAUCCACGAUGCGGGAGAAGCUCUACGCUGAUCUGAGCAACGGCACCCUCAAGGAAGGGUGUGUCGUCGCUCCGGCAGAGGCAGAGGUGGAGGAAGAGGAGGAGGAGGAGGGAGAGGAGAAUGCGGGAUGUACCAUUGACUGGGAUAAUUUCGGGCAGAUUGGUAAGAAGAAGAAAAAGGUGGGAAAAAACUCUAAAAGGAAGAGGAACGGCACCGCAGCCAAGCCUUGCAAGGGUAAGGGGAAAGAAAAGGCUGUGCGUGAGGAUGAGGAGGAGGAGGCGGCGGACAACAGUGGCCAGGAGGAGGAGGAUGUGCCCACCAACAGGACUCGCCGCACGGGCGCGGGUCCGUGGGACAUCAAUGAUGGCUCGAGCGGGGAGGAAGAGGAGGAGGAGGAGGAGGAGGAGGUGGUGGAGGAGGAGGAGGAGGAGGAGGUGGAGGAGGAGGAGGAGGAGGAGGAGGAGGAGGAGGAGGAGGAGGAGGAGGAGGAGGAGGAGGAUGAUGAGUAG